GUGCUCGAGCCUGUCACCGAUUGUAGCACGGGAGGAAUCCACGCAACACGACGCAUGGACUGGCUAUCCAUGGGUACUAAGCACGUACCGCAGUCUUACACACAAUAAUAGAGGCCAGGCGAUGAGCAUCUCUUCCUUGGUCGUUACAUUCAGAGGGAGUACAUAGUAUAUAUCACAGUGAUGGCGGUGUCGGAGGUUACCUCUCACGUCAUAAACAAUUGUGUCGAACGACCGUAAUCUAUUUGGAUGUUCGGAACACCACCUCUACAAAAAAGCUACAAAGGAAGAAGUAGAACCAUACCCCGACGGAGGGCGAGGAAAAGCUGGCUUUCUUUGAGUUGGGAUUAACAUUAGUGAGAUUAGUGGUCUGACUCGACAUAAGUGUAGUAUAUAAUUGUGGGUGGUGUACACCGGAGAGUUGGUGAUAAAAAGAAAGGAAAGUAUUCGUUGUAUUCAUCGAGGGAGGAUUCCCGACAUCUGGGAACUGUUUGCUGAGGACGGGCUCGGAGGCCCCGUUCUCAAAUCACACACAUGCAAUGGUCUCCAAAAUCCUCUGGCUGGGGACAUUGCUGCUCCUUUAUGUGACAACAUCCAGCAGUCUACAGGACACCAUCCGCAUAGGUGGUUUGUUCGAAACUGCGCACACCGGACCUAAACUAGCGUUGAUGCACGCCAUUGACGAGAUUAACCUGAAGAAUGACAUUUUAUCUCACACCUUACUUGUGUAUGAGAUGCAAGAUGUGAAACCUCAAGAUAGCUUCGAGGCCAACAAAAAAGUAUGUCGGGAGGUUAAGACGGGAAUAGCAGCUAUGUUCGGACCCGUGUCUCCGAUAGCGUCUGGACACGUUCAGUCAAUCUGUAAUUCUUUGUCCAUUCCCCAUAUCCAGGCUCAUUGGAACUCCCGUGAAACUCGAGAGUACUUUUCCAUUAGCCUGUACCCCGACUACAUGACACUUAGUAAGGCGUACAAGGCUCUUGUGGAAUAUUGGGGAUGGACGGCAUUCACAGUGCUGUAUGAGGAUAACGAGGGUUUAGUCAGAUUGCAGGAAGUUUUAAAGGCCAACAAGGAAAUGAGGAUCACUGUCCGUAAACUCGACACUGUGGUGGAAAACUAUGCCUCUAUGUUCAAAGAACUUGUCGAGAAUCCAAUGGAAGGUGACAAUAGGAUCAUUGUUGACUGUGAUGUAUCUAAGGUUGACAAAAUUCUAGAACAGGCCAAAAGGGUCAACAUGGUCUCUGAAACAUUUCACUAUCUCUUCACAAGUUUGGAUGUAGGUCUCGUUGACCUGAAAGAAUACAGAUAUAGUGGUGCCAACAUAACAGCGAUGCGAAUAGUGGAUGCUUCCCGACCAAAGGUGAUGUCUGUAACUGAGGACUGGAUAUUUGAAGAAAUAAACUCACGACCUUCCCCUCUCCAAGGUCAAAGACAGAUACCGACUGAAACAGCCCUUAUGUAUGAUGCAGCAUACCUAUUCGCCCGUGCUCUGCACGAGCUCCUCAAAUCUCACAGUGUGAAGACCGUGUCCCUGUCUUGCAGUAAACCACAGCCUUGGAACGAUGGCAUCAGUCUCCUCAACUACAUGAGAGCGAUGGACUUUGAAGGUCUUACAGGUCGCGUGCACUACACGAACGGCAGGAAACGAACUGAUUUUCAAUUGGAUAUCGUGGAGCUGACUACACAUGGCAUACAAAAGGUAGGAGAAUGGAAUCCACGAAGCGGAGUGAACAUUACCAAGUCGUUUAAGGAGAGACAAGAAGAGGUCCUACAGGAACUAGCAAACAAGACCCUGCGUGUUGUUACUGUCCUUGACACACCGUACAUACUUGAGAUACCGCUGGAGAACAGACCUAGUCCUGAGAAGAAAUACGAGGGGUUCUGUAUCGAUCUACUCGACAAAAUAGCAGAGAGGUUGAAUUUUAGCUACACCAUCAAGCCGACACAACAAUACGGCAACUGCAAGCCGGGAUUCCAGAAUUGUACAGGCAUGGUCAAAGAAUUAGUGGAACGGAAUGCUGACCUGGCUGUAGCGGGAAUGACCAUCACAUGGGACAGGGAACAAGUCAUAGACUUCACUAAACCGUUUCUGAAUCUGGGUAUCACUAUUCUCUAUAAAAAACCGGAACCGGAACCGCCCAAGUUGUUCUCUUUCCUAGACCCACUUUCUAUUGACGUUUGGGUGUACAUGUGUGCCGGCUACCUCUGCGUGAGUUUCAUGCUGUUUGCAAUCGCCAGGUUUACCCCAUACGAGUGGAAUAACCCCCAUCCUUGUAAUCCAGAUCAAGAUGUGGUAGAAAACCAAUUCUCCAUCCUCAAUAGCCUGUGGUUCACCAUAGGCGCCCUUAUGCAGCAAGGUUGUGAAAUAGCGCCCUGUGCGGUUUCAACUCGACUUGUAGCAGGUAUUUGGUGGUUCUUUACGCUGAUCAUGGUAUCCUCAUAUACCGCUAACUUGGCUGCUUUCCUCACUAACGAAAGAAUGGUAUCCGACAUCACUAACGUUGAAGAUCUUGCGAAACAGACAAAGAUCAAAUACGGAACUCUGAAUGAAGGCAGCACGAAGAACUUCUUUGCCAACUCAAAAUUCCCAAUCUAUCAGAGAAUGUGGAACUUUAUGUAUUCAACAAGGCCUAGUGUUUUUGUCAACGGUUCUGAACAAGGAAUAGCACGCGUGAAAAAAGGACAAUAUGCUUUCUUUGCCGAAUCGUCUAAAGUCGAGUAUGAAAUCGAGAGACAGUGUUCCUUGAUGCAGGUUGGAGGUUUGCUAGACUCAAAAGGAUACGGCAUCGCACUACCACGAGAUUCGCCUUACAGAGAUCCUAUUUCUAAUGCGAUUCUGAAACUACAAGAAGAACAGGAAAUACAUAAAGUGUAUAACACUUGGUGGAAGGAGAAGUACGGUGGAGGGAGGUGUGUAACCAAGGCAAAGGAAGUAAGCGCCGCCCUUGGUGUGAAGAACGUGGGUGGUGUGUUUGUCGUUGUUAUUGGAGGAAUGUUUGCAGCUGUUGUGGUAGCCAUAUGUGAAUUCAUAUACACUGCCAAGAAAAAUGCUCGAGAAGACAAGCAAUCACUUUGUUCUGAAAUGGCAGAGGAAUUUAUGUUUGCCAUACGAUGCUUCGGGUCUUCCACAAAAGAGGUCAAACGGAAACCAGAGGAUGAAAUUGUGGAUAACGGUCUCCAAUUCAUGCCUCUGACGGAAGGAAAUAACUACAGACAACCCAAUAUAGGAGAAAAAGAAGUUUACACCUAGAUUAUCGUGAGAAGUUUACACCUAGAGUAUCGUGAGAAGUUUACACCUAGAUUAUCGUGAGAAGUUUACACCUAGAGUAUCGUGAGAAGUUUACACCUAGAGUAUCGUGAGAAGUUUACACCUAGAUUAUCGUGAGAAGUUUACACCUAGAUUAUCGUGAGAAGUUUACACCUAGAGUAUCGUGAGAAGUUUACACCUAGAGUAUCGUGAGAAGUUUACACCUAGAUUAUCGUGAGAAGUUUACACCUAGAGUAUCGUGAGAAGUUUACACCUAGAGUAUCGUGAGAAGUUUACACCUAGAGUAUCGUGAGUUUACACCUAGAGUAUCGUGAGAAGUUUACACCUAGAGUAUCGUGAUCUUGUCAACUAUAAAGUAGCGAGUACAGUAGCAAGGACAACGGGUAGUUUGUUUGUCAGAGAAAAUUUCCCGUUUUUCUGAUUAGUGCAAACAUGUUGUUUUCUAAAUAAGGGACAAAAGAAAAAUUAAAUUGGUAAUCCACACAAGAAAAAAAACGGUGGCCUUGCAAACUUUUAUAUGCAUAUCAAUAGCAUUACACUUCCAGUUCCUGUCCAAAACCGAGACAUCUAUUUUUUGAGGUGUUGGUUCUACUCAUCAAACAGUAUAAUUCUGUAUGUGUAAACACCAUUCGUCAGUGUAGUGCUUGCGGAACUAGCAUAAAUUUAUCAUAUGAGUGAACUGGAGUAAUACGGUUCGCCCUGACACAGAUAAGGUCAUACUGAUCUCCCAGAAUUACUGUCCAUCGUUUCAAAGUGUCAGAUGGUAUAGUGAUAAGCUUGACAUCCGAUUGGGGCCGGGAAUGAGAUGAGGUCGUCACCACGCUCUGUAGUCACUAGAUUAUCAAGCGAUAAAAACAUACAUUUCAAAGGCAAUAUAUGUCACGUGACAGUAACCAGAAUUUAAGUUUUCAAGUAGAGGACUUGUUAACGCUAAGUAGUACUGACUUGAUACGAUAGAAUAGAUGUUAAAUAUAUUGGAUUAUUACACAGCAUUUUAUAAAAUGUUUAUAAAUCAACACAACUGACAGGUAACUGGGAUUAUGUCAAGUGUCACUAUCUCACAAAGUGUAUAUAACUUAGGUCUAUCUGUAUAAGUGAAACCACGACACUGUUGGGUUAAAAAUUACACUCCAAUUUAAGUAGCAACCCAUGACCUGGAAAAUAUAUCACAUGUCUAAUGAUAUAAUGUUCUACAAAUACAUCUAUAAACAUAUUCUCGGUAACGAUAUUUGGAGUUUUGAUAAUGUAUAGCCAUAUCAUAAGACACGUGAUAAAAUGUUACUAAUGCCAACAGGUUGAUGUACCGAUUGGUGAAUUUUAAACCCUGUUACGCGGUCGUGAAUUUAGUGAUUUUGAAAUAGAAACCCAUUGCAUAUGACAGAUUUUGUGAACUUUGUUCAAGUUAAGUUGUAAUACCAAACAUAUAUUUUUUGAUAUCAUGGUAUUGACAAUCUAAAUACUUUAUCAGAGAAAAUUUGUAACAUUAGAUCUCUUCUAAAGUUUAAAGUGAAUCAGUUAAAUACUUCAUAUUCCAUGAACAACAUGUUGGUGAGUUAGGAUAGAAGUCAACAGUUUACACCAUUUUGUCUCCAUGACAGACCAAAGAAACGAGAUGAGCAAAGGGAAGUAACUCGUACAAAGAUGUCUGAUUUAGAGUUGCCUUGUAGUUGUCUUGAUUUUUUUUUCCAUUAUCAUUGCCAUUGAGAUUUUUGACAUGUUCAUUUCUUCACCACGUUAAGGUUGACAUUAGAAAAAAAAGGUAUAUUGUGUUUGUAUGUGUGUAGAUAUAUGAGAAGUGCCACAUCAUUCCUUUCAUAUGAUAUUAAAGGGAUAUUCCGAGGGGAAAAGAAGGAGGAUAAGCACGCAUAAGUAUCUACCUAAGUACGCCUAAGUCCGACACAAAAACAAGCUACAAUAUUUAAUUUGUAGAAAUAUUAUAUAGAACAACACCUGUGCAUAUGCGCAACGCACUCACAGUGUCGCUGAUGACUUUGAGUUCGAGUUUCGAUAUCAAAAUCUUCACGUGAUAAAUGUUAGAUCUUCAGUCGGUCUAACGUUGAAUUGGAAAAUGAUAUUUAAGUCAAUUUUGUUUGUCCGCUCAGUAAUUUUGAUGUUGACGAUACCUAGAAAAAAUCAUCAGACUCCGGAAUAUCCUUUUUAGAGAUAGGGAGAAGAAACAUAUUAUAUCCCAGGCAUUAUCGUAAGGAUGUUGACAGAAUCAUAAAGAUUCAGUGUUAAACUUACAUUUAAUUGGUAUUCAUUAAUUGCAUCCAAUAAUUGCUAGCCUAACAUGGAACAAGUUUCCUUUCCCUUCUACCCUUAUCUCUCGUACAUUUCCUCUGUCGUUCUUGGCUUUUUGAUAUUCAUUUUUCCUUAUCGCAAUGAAUGAUAUCAUCUAUUUUCCCUUCUUUAAAGAAAAACAGUGUAUUUUAACUUGCGAUAAGUAUCUCUCCAUUCAAUAUAUCAAGAAAAUACACAUUUUGAAUAACUUGGUAUGAAAGAUGCUGUGAAUGAAAAGUUGUGAUAAACAUUUGUAUUUAUCAUUUUUUCAUCUUUUAAUUGUGUUGGUUUAAAGUUGAAUUGUCAAUGUAGUGAAAAACCCUUCUGUUAAAGAUUAAACAACAAUCAAAAUAUCUUACAUAUAUUUAGACACACGAACCCUACUGUUAAAGUACCCCAUUACUGUCGUACCAUUACACCAAUGUAAGUGUUUGAUACCUACAUGUAAUUUGACAGAUAAACACGUUUGUUAUACUCGUA